UGAGAUCCCAGGGGGAGCGACAGAGUCCGGGAGGUAGACUUUUGGGACGGUGUCAUAACUGAACUCUGCGUCCCUACACUUUACCGACUCUAACCGGAGACCAUGUGGAAGUUGGACCACUUCUAUCCCACACUUUUUGCAGCGUUUCUUCUCCGAACUCGUUGAUAACUUUUGAUAAACGAUAGAUUUUUCCCUCGACGUUCUCUGGAGGAGCUCUAAUUUGUCCCAAAGCGGAGGCUCUGAACUCCGGGAAGCCUGUUUUUUUUUUAGCUGAGCAGGUUUAAACGAGGACCGACUGUGGGGAGUUCAGUGACUGUCGCUUGGGUUCGGGACCCAGUUCAGUUACAAAGUUAUAAGUGAAGUACAGCCACAGUCCAUUUGCUUCGGUUAAUAAUUACAGACAGCGGUGUGCUGCAUUUAACAGUUUCUUAGAAGAUUAAUUUUCGCAACUUCUCGGUUGUAAAAAAUAUUAGCCAACUUUCGGGCAGCGUUUAUCCGUCGGCAUGCCUUGUAGCCGUGCGGCGGCAACCUGUAGCCCAGCCUUUGAAGUUCAAGCCGUCGCUCUGGUGCGUUUUUCGGUGGAUUUAUCUAGAAAAUGUGGCGCAACCAGGACGGAAUCUCUUCUGAAGCUUCGCAAAAUGUGAUUGUAGGUUCCAGUGACUGCUGUGCACUGUAACAAACCACAGUAAGGAUCUCCGUUGGCAGGACCUGUCCGUCUGGGAGAGGAGACAGCUACAAAUGAGGAGAUUUGUUGUGAUGAAGAGCAGCUUGUUGGAAACCAAUGCACACUUGUACAUGUAACACAACACAGCGCGUCUUCAUGGUGCACUGGUGCGUGCAGAGCUCCACCACCCACACUAAUGACACUGGAUAGAAGUUCAUCAAAGCUCGGUUUAUCUCGGAACAUAUGAGAAUUAUGCAUUUGUUUGACGAGCCUAAAUAACUGAAUGGAAGUUUCAGGACAUUCAGGCGUGACUCAUGAUGGAAGCCCUCCAGCUUUAAAAGUUUGGAUUGUAUCCGUUAAGCUGUAACAGAAAGAAGAAGUGGGACGUGUGGUAUAUCUGUGUAAACAUAUAGAGUUUUUCGGUUUAUCUGUGGUGCUUGCCUGCUUUGAAGUCCACCAUGUGCGGCCGGGCACCGCCGCUACAGCCGAGGCCAUGACCGUCACCCAGCGGCGCCUGGCCGGGCUCUGGCCGUGGCUGCUCAUGGCGGCCUUGCAGGUGGUGCUGGGCCAGCCGGGCCUGGAGUCCGAGCGGCCGACCCUCCGAGCGGUCAUCAAGGUGACACUGCUGAAGCACGAACCGACGGGGAAGCCCAUCAUUUUGGAAGGGGUGUUUGUGGGAAGGAGUGCCGGCAAGGCGGAGGGAAAACUAAUGCAGUACCACCCUCUGUCUCUGUGCAACACAAGUGAGGAUGAACGACAAGAGAGCGACUUCAUCACCAUUGUCAAACUGGAGCACAGGGUUCCCCGCUGUAAGGCGCUUCACGAUAAGGCUCGCAUGGCGCUGGAUAAAGGAGCUCAGGCUGUUAUCUUUGAUGUCAGCGAUGACGUCAAUGCUGCUGCUGAGCUGCGGGAAAUAGACUCCCUUCCCCGUCCAGUUGUUCUGGUGGAGGCUGAAGAUGCUGAGGAGCUGAUGGGUUUGGUCAACAAGAACGAGGAGGCCAAAGUUGUCAUUGAGAUCAAGAUGGAGCCUAAAUUGCCACAUUAUGAUGUUGGUAUCCUGCUCACUAUCGUACUGGCUAUUAUCACCAUCGUCCUAAUCUUUGCUUUCCGCUACAAAUGCAAGUCCAACAGAACCUGGGACUCUGUCCAUCAGCAGACUAUGCGGGCCAUCAGUAGAUUGGAGACCAAAACCUACAGUUCUCAGGGCUGCUCAGGCUCACAGCGCCACCGUGGGGCCUGGGGUUCAGCCAGCAGCUCCAACUCCAGUCCCGUCUGUGCCAUCUGCCUGGAGGAAUUUCAGGAUGGGCAGCAUCUGAGGAUAAUCUCCUGUGCUCAUGAGUUCCAUAAAGACUGUGUCGACCCCUGGCUGCUGCAGCACCGUACCUGUCCCCUCUGCAUGCACAACAUCAUGGGGACCGAGCGACAGGCCCAGAGGAGCAGACUCCAUCAGAGUCCAGAGCAAAGCCAAGGCUUCCUGCACCCUCAGCCUUACAGUGGCCCUCACAACCACCCUUUUCCCCAGCAUGCUAUCCCCUUCUCUAUGAGGCCCCACUAUCCUCGUGGGCCCUCUGGACCUUUUCCCAAUCUGGGCCACUACAAUGGCUCUUCUCCCAUGGACACUCAGACUUUACGUUUCCUCACCAGCAGGCCGCUGGGCUCAGGCUGUGGGUACCACCUUCCUGCAGAGGGUCCGGGGAGGCCCCACAGGAUUGGAGGUAACUGCAGGACUUCCACGCACCACUACACCCCCCGUCGGUCAUGCCACAACUAUCGCUCAUCCUGUCCAGCCCAGCGCAGCGCAUCCAGCUCGAGACUGCAUCACUCUGUCUCUGUCACACCACAAACCCGUGGAGCGCUGACCCAUAGCCGGCAAGACGAUGGUAGCUGCUCAGGAGGCAGCUAUCGCACAGAGCGCAGUGGAUACCUGGCUGACGGGCCAGCGAGUGACUCCAGCUCUGGGCCAUGCCACGGCUCCUCCAGUGACUCAGUUCUCAACUGUACUGAUGUGUCCCUGCAGGGAGUUUAUGGCAGCUGGUCCACCUUCCGUAGCUCUCUGAGUAGUGACUAUGAUCCUUUGGUGUAUUAUGGGCCUGGUCCUGGACGCGCUCCUCACAGGAACAGUCUGGAGGCUGGUUCCCAGACCCGGCCCAGGUCUCUGGAUUCUGUAGUGAACAAAGCGGGCUGCCACGAAGAACAGCCGCAGACUGUAUUCAGCCACAUCCACUACCACCAGCACAGACACCACCACUAUGAGGAGGGGGAGCACAGCCAAGGCCCCAACAGAGGCUCAGAUGAGGAGCAGGGAGCAGCUGCAGCUGCCCCUGCUAACCUUGUCCUGGACAAAGACUCCCCUGUGUGCCCUCCAAAGCACAGCACCUGCCACUGCCCCAAACCAGAUCCCACUGAUCUGCCCAGUCCUGUGAUGGAGUGUCAGGACCAUGACCAUGACCCCAGCAGCCCCACAGGACCUCCUGUCCUCGUGUCCCCCAUCCCCUUACAGCUCCAGCCCCACUGCUGCCACCAGGGACAUGCUGCAGCUCCUCUUGGGCGAGUGGGGGGCUGUGUGCUUGAUGGUCCUUCUGUUCGUUUCCACCAGAGCCUGGAUCUGCAGGACGAUCGUAGCAUCCACAUCCACUACAGUCAAGGCCAGGGCUUCUGCUGCUCUCCCCCUGAGCUGCACCCUGCCUUGCUCCCUGUGCCCCUCAUUCUGGAAUCGGGGGGGAUCGAUGACUGGUCUUGCUGUGCCGGAGCCCAUGUUGUGUGGCAAAAACGGGUGCAGCAGGCCCACUCGGAGCCUCAGCUCCUGGGACCUGGGAUCGCGAUGGACCGGUCACCCUGCAGGUUCCACCAGGGGCCUGCUGCUGACCGCAACACAGACAUUUGUUUAUACUGCCAGUCAUUACACCACAGUCAGGGAUCAGAAGAGGAGUCUGGAGUGUGAGAACUUGUUGCAUCCCCAUUAUCAUAUUGCUACACAGGAGCCAUAAUAAUAAAGCCUCUCUUCGGCUCCUAUGUCUUCUAUAUAAUUCCACCAGCAAAGCCUUCAUUCAGAUGAUUCCCCGCCUGCCUCUAGGAUUCCAAGCUACAAUGAUGAAAUGAUCCUCAUUACUAAAAGUGAAAUUGGAAUAAUGCUGAACCUUUGUGAUAUUUAAUAUCAAAAUAUACUGAAUGAACUGAACAUGUGAAGAUGGGGUGUUGCUGGGGAACCCACCUUGUCAGUUAUAGGAAGAAUAUUUACAAAAUCAUAAGUUUCCAAGCUCCUUGGUGACAACUAACGAAUGAUCCUUGCUUUGGGUGUUGAGCCCUCAUGAAGUGAGAAUCCAUCUCUGCAUUGCUCACUCUUUUACAAAAUAACUUGAUUUAUCUUUGAGGUACUUAACUUUCACAUGCGCAGUCUUCGCCUUCCUUCGCUGAGUCCAGUCUCAGCUGAGAGAUGCUUUUCUCUCCAGCCUACCUCAGCACAGAUUUCUUAACACGCCUCACACAGGGAAUCUUUAAAGGUACUGCUGUAGUGAUUUUUUUUUCUUUUUAGUCAUGUAGCUCACAUAAACUCAACAAAAAAGUUAUCCUCCCAGGAGUCCACCCUGUCCAAAAGGAGAGGAAGGUUGAUGCUCAGCCCCUCAAACAACAAGCAUUCACUGAGGUUGCUGAGCCUGCAUCGCAUGGGGCUUGUUUUCAUUAUUUCAAUAAUGGCAGCUGUUUUGUUUGUGUUUCGGAUAUUUUUUUUUUGGGUAGGGGUGGGGGUUCAAUUUUUCUUCAACUUUCUAAAGGAACCAGUUUGACUGAAUUUCGUUAUUGUCAUUACAAGCUAUUGUCUUGUUUUUGUCAUUUCUCUUGCCAGUGGUUACUUCACGUUUGACCUCAGUGCUGUUCAAUCCCCGGAUCAGUGAAUAGGCUUCAUCAGAAGGAUAACAAUUAUAUCCUCAGCUCCUCUAACUCAUCACAAUGUUGUAUUAUCCUCCUAAAAGGUUAAACUUGUUUUCCAGCAUUUAAGGCUCCAGGUAAAAGCUUUCAUACUGCAGCCAUAGAAAUGACAUAAUGACCAUAAGAUGGCAUAACUGGAGUAAAGCCAUGCUAGAUAGACCCAAUAGCAUCAGCUUGGUUUGUUGUUGCAGCAGUUUAACUAAAGCUUAGCGUGCCUUUCCCAUAAUUAUAAAGUGUAUGAGUAGUAAAAAUGUGUCCAGAACAAUCAAACACUGGAAAUAUGGGAAGAAUUCAUCUUAGUUACAGUAGUAAUACCAGAAUCAGUGAAAAUCCUUUGUUGUGAUAAAUGUGUAUUGCCAGUCCCUGCUUUUGAGCUUAAGGCACUUGAAGGAAGAUCCUUGUUGAAGCAGAAAUCAGAGGUGUUGGAAAGACUUUUUACAUUCUGAUAGUUCUUAAAAGGUUUAAUCAUAUGAAAACUGCAAACAGACGAAUCAAGGUUUAAUCUAUUUUACCUAAUACUCCCACACUGGCAGACAGACAAAAAAUGUGUUUAUAUUUCAAGAAGAUAAUUGCGGAUAAAAGUAGGCCUCACUAUGCUGUCAAAGAUGACUCACUUAUCUUCUGUUUAACCAAUGAUUUCUUCAUGCUCACAGACUAACUAAUCUGAGAUCAGAGGAGUAACUAUUCUAUUUUUAGUGCAGACUUUCUCUUGAAGGCUCACUGGAAAUGUGAUUUAUUUGCAGAUGCAGGUACAGCCGAGAAAGCACUCAUGGAUAUUGCAGUAGCACUUACUAAACCUUCACAUGACCCUCAUUUAUUCAUUCAAACUGUUCAUAAUCCUAAAUCAGGAACCUCCCAACUCACAAAGCUCUUACCUGUCGAACCAAAGAGGCAAAAUUUUGAACACUUUGUUGUGUGUGUUGUGCCUUUUUUCCUGCUCCAGGCCUUUUUUGAAUCUCAGCGUGACUCUCUGCAGACAAGAGAGAACAUGCUAAAAUUGAAGUGCAAAUCAUUCUGGACUCAAUAGUUUUGGACAAUCAUGCAGAAUGUUUCACCUGCAGUCCCUCAUACUAAUACCUCACUUUGAAUGUGUCAACGCAGCGUCCUCUAGCUAAAGUAUCAGGGUUUCCGUUUCAUACCCAAAAAGUCUCAGAAACUGAGAUGGAAAUGACUGAAUUACAAGCAGCACUUUGGCUUCAGCAGGUUUUUAUAGAAGAUGAAAAACAACAUAAAACUUAUAGUAUUCAUGUAAAGCAAGCCCGAAAUCAUCAGCACAUGAAAAAAAAAAAAGCUUUUAGCGAUGCUGCAGAAUAUCUGGUGUGAUUUCAUCCUGUUCACGAUCUUUGUCUUUGUGUUGUUCAUGUGUUUGUUUUCAUGUUUUUCAAGAAUAAUGAGCUGAAACUGCCUUUUCUAAUAGAGUAACAAAAAAAGUCCCUCCAGAACUUUAAGGGAUGUGUCAGUAUAUUUUGGAUACUUUGUGUACAAAAAGAGAACAACAAAAACAGAAAUGAAAUAGUGUUGUAUUUUAUAUAUAAUAGAACAUUUCAAUAUAGUGACAUGUCACUAAUAUAUUUAUUUACUAAUAUAUUUAUCCAUUUUGUCCAGGUUUGAAAGAAAGAGUGGUUUCUGUAUAGACUGAAUGUUUCUAUAUGGAAACUGACUGGUGCCAUCACAGAUAUAUCAACCUGUCUUCAUUCCAAUUAUAUGCAAAUAAAUUAUUUUGAAAUAUAA